CAGGUGGCAUCGUGCUAGUAAAACAGUCAGCGACGAGGAUGUUCGGAGACAGAAAGCGUCGUUAUUUAUCCUGUUGGCGAAGAACUGUGUUUUAACAUUCAUAUAUGAAAUCUGCGCAUAUCGCAGAAUGGGAGAUGAAAAUGUCAUAGCCCGGCUCGGCAGCAUGAAGGCUUUGUUGGGGAUUGUAGCGGGCGCUGGGGCUUCAUAUGGCAUUUAUAAACUAGUGUUUGGUCGUGUUGCAGAUGGAGGAAACAGACGAAAGUCUAAACGUGUGACUGUACAGCCUGGGAGUUUGAUGGCCAAAGUGUCUGGAUUUAAAGUGGUCGGCAAAACUGACCAUCUGGAUUCAUCUGCAAAUACAGAAUCGAGUGGCAUUCACUCAAAAUCUGCUACCAGCUUGGAGCCUCGACAUCUCAGUAUACUUCUCUCCCUGCUGCAGAGCAGCCCUGACCCUGAGGAGAGGAGGAAAGUUCUUGUAACGUUAGGAAAUGCUGCUGCCUUCACAGUAAACCAGGAUCUUCUGCGAGAAUUUGGAGGUCUUCACAUUGUAGCCAGCUUCCUUUCAGAUCCUUCAGCUGAGGUUAGGGUGCAGACUCUAAAUGCACUGAACAACUUAAGCAUGAACAUCUGUAAUCAAGAGCAGCUAAAGGUAUAUGUCCCUUCAGUGAUGCAGUUGAUUGAGAUGUCACCGGUGAACUCAGACCUUCAGCUGGCAGCACUGAGAUUGCUUACUAACCUGUCAAUCACUGAUAAUCAUCAGCAUCUGAUGAAGAACUCAAUCACCCUCCUCCUGUCGCUGCUCGUAGUGAGCAAUGAUAUCCUACAGAUCCAGGUCUUAAAGGUACUAGUUAAUCUUUCCUCUAAUCCAGAUUUGAUGGAUGAUAUUGUACAAAGCCAGGCUCCAGCAUCUUUGAUUUUUUUGUUUGAUGGCUGCACAAGCACCGCCGUUCUUAUACGCCUGUUAUAUUUUGUGGGCAACCUGCGGGCAUGGAGACCCUCUGCACAGGUAGCAGAAGCUCUGAGGAGGAGACAGGACUCUCUAUACUGUGUUCUACUGGACAGCUCCUCUCAGCUUCACCGCUGGCUGCCCCUGUUGCUCUCCCACCCAGAUGAGGAGGUGAAGACACAAGUGGCCAGACUCCUUGCAUAAGCUCCAGGCUUCCCUUUGCCUUCACCUGCCAGGCACUGGAUGUACCUUAUAGAUUUUCACCCUCUACACUUGUUCUUCUAUGUAUAGAAGGUGACACAAGCUUGUUUUCCUAUCUUAAUUUCCUUAGAGGAAGAGGGUGCUACCUACAGUUUGCAUCUGUUAUGGCCACUAGUACCUUCUAAAAAUGAUGUUUUAAAAAAAAAAAAAAAUAGACAGGAUAUGUAAGUUGUAAUACAGACUACAACUUACUCCCUCAGGCAUUUUGAGAAAUGUUUGUUGGCAUUUGUGAACCCUGUACAUUCUCCCUCUUGGAGACCCUUUAAAACAUCUCCACUGCCAAAUGUUUACUUGUCAAGUGAAUGAAUAUUACAAGCUUGCAGGUAUUUUCUCUUGUCACACUAAGUGCUUUGGAUAUCCAAACUAGUAGUGGAAAGGACUUGCCUAUAUUCGGAAUUGUUUUGAAUAUGUCUUUUAAAACAAGUAUUACUUCUUUGCUGCACAAUAUAAGAGAAGUUUACCAUUGAAGGAGGAAAUUUGUUCAGUUAACACUGAUGUUAAAGGAAUAGUUCACCUAAAAAUUAAUUCUCUUAUCAUUUACCCAUACUUAUGCCAUCCCAGAUGUGUAUGAUUUUCUUAUGCAGAACACAGAGAUUUUUAGAAGAACAUUGCAGCUCUGUUGGUCCAUCUAAGUGAAUGAUGGCCAGAACUUGGAAGCUCCAAAAAGCACAAAGGCAGCAUAAAAGUAAUCUAUAAGACUCCAGUGGUUUAAUCUAUGUCUUCUGAAACGAUCCAAAUUGUUUUGGUUGAGAACAGACAAAAAUAUAUCUCUUUAAUCACUAUAAAUGUUGACAUCAGCAGUGUCCUUGGUAAUCAUGCUUUCAAGCUUGAUUACACUUCCUAGCACAAACUAGUGCUCUGCAAAUGGUCAUACACUAGGAAGUGUUAUCAAGCUUGAAAUCAUGAUCAUGCCUAGAGACUGCAAUGGCAAAAUGUAUAAUAAAAAAGUAGUUUAUAUAUUUUGGUCUUCUCAUCCAAAAGCGAUUUGAUCGCUUCUGAAAAUAUGGAUUAAACAACUGGAGUCAACUCUAUUAUUUUUAUGCUGCCUUUAUUUGCUUUUAAUAGCUUCAAAGUUUUGGUCACCAUUUAAUUAGAUUGUGAGGACAUACAGAGCAGAAAUAAUCUUUGAAAAUCUUAAUUUGUGUUUGCAGAAGAAAGAACAUAGACAUCCGGGAUGGCAUGAGGGUGAUUAAAUGACGAGAGAAUUUUCAUUUUUGGUGAACUAUCCCUUUAAUGGCCCAGGUAGCCUAUAAUCUAUGCAUGGUAAUGAAAUUGAUAGUUCAGUGACUUUGUUUUCUGAUUUGUGUUGAUGAUUUGACAAGUUUCAUUGAUUUUUAUUACAUAUUGUAAGCAAGUACAAAGCUAAUUGUUUCUUCACAGUGGAAUCAUUGCAGUUAUAACAUUGAAGUUUACAGCUCAGAACUGGCUGGGCGAAAUGAGUGUCUGGGUCUUUGAAUUAUAACUUAUUUUGAAAUGCUUUGUCCCCAAAUUAAAAUGUGAAAAUAAAUAUC